AUGACGCGUGAUGGCAACUCGGCCACACGGUACACCACGGCCUUCCUUAUUGGGCUGUUUUUUGCGGAUGGGCCCGACAACACUGAAACAGACAAAUGGCAGCAGGUCUAUAAACAACUUCCCACUUUGAUGCCAUCUCCGCCUCACGGAAUUGCUGACGAUGACGCAGUUCAAAUUCACAAGAUUGGUGGAGACUUAAAGAUCCCAGCGAAGGAAGGAUUGGUCCGUGCUGACCCCCCUUAUAUACUUGAAGAGCAACACGAGAAGAGUCACGAGAAAGGAAUGGCUGCAUUGAAAGACAAAGUUAAAUGGAGCGGUAGCUUUAUGGAUGUCCAGUGCAGCAUCAUGAGCUGCGAUCACCUUGCAUUCUCAAAAUCUAUUAUUCGUCGCUUUAUCCGUGACUGUGUUGAUCGUGAUGCUGCUGUCGCUUCGCCAUGGACGGUAAAACCUGUUAUUGCGAAGCACUAUGGUGUCGACUCUAUAUGGGAGGACAAGGAAGGACCACCAACCAAGAAGCAGAAGAAGAUGACUGCUGCUCAGGAGGAAAGAGUCUUGGCUGUUGCAGCUGAAAAGCGUGAGCGCGAAGCUCGUGAAAAGGCAGAGCGUCAACAAAAGGCAAAACAAGAGGCUGAGCGUCUGGCUGCAGAGAAGAAGAAGAAGAAACCCAUUCACUACCCUACUGAAGAUCUGGAUGUUCGGCUUAACGACAAGGAGAAGAAAGUGGGUUUGAAGGUCAAAAAGCCAACACCAAGUAAAUUGGGACUUCCGUUUGGCGAGAAUCAGGGUACUUUUGAAGCAUUUUUAACGGCAUGGAAUUUCCUGGCCAUUUAUGGGCAACCACUCCACUUAUCAACAUUUACAAUGUAUGAGUUUGAACAUGCCUUGCGGCAUUCUCUCGUAGACCCGCCUUGCGCACUACUAGGAGAGAUUCACUCGACGCUCAUUUACAACCUACGCACAGUGCCAUUUACUCGGCAUAGUGCCGUCCUGUUGUUACUGCGUAUCCAAGAUACACCAGAAGGGGACUAUAGAGUGCUUGGUGUUUCAAUCGAUGAGUUAGCUGGUGCCAUGGCUGACAUAGGGAACAACUGGGAAUGGAUUCCCUUGUGGCACAAUGAGAUGCGAGACGGGUGGGAGGAGGCUCUUCUAGGAUGCCUAAAAGAUCAUGCCACACUCGACAACUUUCCUCGUCUACGAGAAAUCUUGACAAGAUUAUUCUUUGCCCCGGAACUACAUGCAGAAGCUUUGUCUUCAUCGUCAAGUUCUCGUGUUUCAAGUCCUGCCGCAAACAUCUUAAGUGUCCACUCCUCACCCAGUGAGCGUUACUAUGUGUUGCGUUCGCUUUGGCGCACAGCGGUAUUUCCAUUCAACGAAAUGAAUUCCCUUGCUGGGGAAAUGGAGGUGAAGGAGCUUGGGACCAACAGUGUCGUUCCAGACGAAGAUACUACGAUGCAUGAGUCCAGUGAUCUUUCGGACGUUCCUUCAGAAGAUGGCUCGGAGACCGCAUCAACUUCUAGUGCUCGCCAAAAGAGAUCAGCGCGUCAGAAAGAUCUUCGUCAGAAAGCCCAUCCUCAGGCACAUGCGAAGCAACGAGAGCUUGCUCGCGCUCAAGCAGCCUCUGCGAAGCAAGCACUUGCAGAACAUCGCAGACUCGAUGAAGAGGUUAAUAAGCUCGAGCGUCAAUUAGAGGUGAUUGAACGAGAGUUCAGGAAGCUACUUGGUGCGGUGCGAGUCAAACCAUUGGGAAAGGACCGGUUCCAUAAUCAGAUUUGGUGGUUCGACGGCAUGGGAUCUGCUUCUUUGCUGGGUAGUGGAGGCGUCGUCCAGUACGAAGCUGGUCGAAUCUUUAUACAGGGUCCGAGCGUGAUGGACUUGGAGUUGAUGUUAAAGAAGGAGGAUGAUGACUAUGAAGCUAAGAGGCUUGAAGAAGAAGGGCCAGAGGGAAUGUUGGCUCCAUCCGAGUGGGCACAGUAUGCUGAGCCCGAGGAGCUUGACGAGUUCCUCGCUUGGCUAAACCAUAAGGGUGUUCGGGAACUAGCCCUGAAGAAUUCAUUCAUAAAGUGGUGGAAUCAUAUCGCUCCUGGUAUGCGCAAACACUUUUCUGAUCUCAACACAAGUGCAAAGCUUCCUGAAGCGAGACGCAGCACCCAAACUAAAUCUUCUGGUCACAAUGUCUCUCGAGAGCCCUACAUGAUGUGAACAAACCGAAGAGCUGUCAACUCUGUG